AUGACCAAGACCUACAACGUCGUCGUUCUGCCCGGAGAUGGUAUUGGCCCCGAGGUGACUCAUGAAGCCUCUCGCGUCCUGGAGUUCAUCUCGUCCAAGAGCUCCGACUAUGAGAUCAAGCUCACCUCGCAAGAUUUCGGAGGAAUUGCCAUUGACAAUGCUGGCGUGCCCCUUCCCGAGGCGACUCUCAAGGCUUGUGAGGCUGCUGAUGCCAUGCUGCUAGGCGCUGUCGGUGGACCCAAGUGGGGUGUUGGCAAGGUCAGGCCCGAGCAAGGCCUUUUGCAGCUGCGAAAGCACUUCGACCUCUACGCAAAUGUCCGCCCGGCCCUCUUCCCCUCCAAGUCUCUCCUGUCCCACUCUCCCCUCAAGCCAGAGAUUGCCGAGGGUACCUCGAUGAUCGUCGUCCGAGAGCUCGUCAAGGGACUCUACUUUGGUGACCGCGUAGAGGCUGAUCUGGACACUCCCGGCUCCACGGGUGAAGCCUCGGAUAUGAUGGUCUACAACAAGAACGAUGUCCAGCGUAUUACACGUCUCGCUGCCGCCCUCGCCCUGCAGCAGACACCCACUGCCAAGAUCCACUCCAUCGACAAGGCAAACGUCCUUGCUUGCUCUCGUCUGUGGAGGCGAGUUGUUACAGAGACCAUCGAAAACGAGUUCAAGGGACAAGUCGAGGUGGACCACCAGCUCGUUGACUCGGCUGCCAUGAUCAUGGUCUCCAACCCGCGCAAGCUCAAUGGCAUUGUCCUAACUGAGAACAUGUUCGGUGACAUCCUCUCAGACGAAUCCUCUGUCAUCCCGGGAUCCCUGGGUCUCCUGCCUUCUGCCUCCCUCGCCGGACUACCUGACGGCAAGUCAGACUGCAAGGGGCUUUACGAGCCCAUCCACGGAACUGCCCCUGACAUCGCUGGUCAGGGCAUUGCCAACCCCAUCGGCACCAUCCUAUCAGCAGCCAUGCUACUGAGGUACUCUUUCGGUCUCGGCCGCGAAGCAGAUGCCAUUUACAAGGCUGUUGAGACUGUACUGGAUACCCCUGACCUCGGCGGACUGGGCCUGAGGACAGCUGACCUGGGUGGAAAGGCAAAGACAGGAGAGGUCGGAGAUGCCGUCCUGAAGCAGUUGGAGAAGCUAUUGGCCUAG